CCCCCAUACUGGCCAUACUUUUCCACUCAGCACAAUUAAUUGCUCAUGAAUGGCACCGCGCCGGCAUCACGGCGGCUGCGACCCUGCAGCAGCACAAGCCUCAAUAUAUGACAACACAAGCCUCUCCACAUUUCAUCAAUAAGCAAGUUGAUCAUGGAUGCCUGCAUGCUUCAAACUUCAGCAUCCACUGGGGUGGUUUAUGAUGAAGAUGUGAUGCUACAACAUCAUUGCCUCUGGGAUCCAGAUUUUGAGGAGCGACCAGAGCGACUGGAGGCUAUUCUUAACAGGUGCCGUGAGUUGGGGCUGUUGGAGCGAUGCCAGCUCCUGCCCUGCCGACCAGCCACGGAGGCCGAGCUGCUCAUGUACCACUCCCAGGGCCACGUGUCGACGGCGGCCGGAACGAGCAACUCCGAGGAUGCUGAAGCCCUGCAGGACCUCUCUUCCAAAUACGAUGCAGUGUACUUUCAUCCAUCUACAUACAGUGCUGCCUUGCUGGCGGCAGGGUCAGCUAUCAGCCUUGUCGAUGCCGUCAUAGAUGGCACCGUCAGAAACGGAAUGGCGCUGGUCAGGCCGCCGGGCCACCACGCCUCCCACAGCGAGUUCAACGGCUACUGCUUCUUCAACAACGUGGCGCUGGCGGCCCAGCGCGCCGCCCAGCGCCGACUGCGCGUGCUGGUGGUGGACUGGGACGUGCACCACGGCCAGGGCCUGCAGCGGGCCUUCUACCGCGAUGACCGGGUGAUGUACAUCUCCGUGCACCGGUACGAGCACGGCACGUUCUGGCCGGAGCUGCGGGAGAGCGAGUUUGACCACGUGGGCGGCGGCGCCGGCGCCGGCUUCAACUGGAACGUGCCACUCAACGCCACGGGCAUGACGGACUCCGACCUUCUGGCCGUCUGGUACCGCCUGCUCAUGCCCGCCGCAUAUGAGUUUGCCCCCGACAUUGUGCUGGUGGCAGCGGGAUUCGACGCGGCACUGGGAUGUCCGCAGGGUGAGAUGCGCGUGAGCCCGGCGUGUUUCGCGCACCUGACGCUGCCGCUGAUGGCGCUGGCGUCGGGCCGGCUGGCCGUGGUGCUGGAGGGCGGCUACUGCCUGUCGUCGCUGGCCGAGGCGGCGGCGCUGACGCUGCGCCAGCUGCUCGGGGAUGGUGCUGGCACGCGGCUGACGGUGCGGGGCUGCCGAGUGUCCGGCAUCCUGGAGGAGACCGUGCUGGACGUGGUGUCGGUGCAGCGCCGCCGGUGGAACUUCCUCGCGCUGUACGACUCGUACGCCGCCGGCGCCGGCGGACUGGAGGUGCUGAGUGAGCUUCACCUGCCAGAGGUGGUGUAUCGCGGCCAGCCGGCCCAGCCCGGUCAGCUGUUCCCCACCUGCGGCAUAUGUCCCGUUCAGAGUCCGGCGCUGAAGGACCGGCUGGAGCGGGAGCUGGCGGAACUGAGGCGAGUCACUGAUCUCAGCGUGGCUCCUUACCGUGUGGUGUUGCCCACGAAGCGGCACUCGCCGACAGACUGCGCCACGGAGCCGACCUCGACGGCGUCGGACGACUGCCUGGAGGUCACCUGCGAAGGGGACGAGGCAGUGACGCAGGUGAUUGACGCGGUGCUGGACGGCCGCGCCGCCGCCGGCUUUUGCCCCAGCGCCGACCCGAACGCGACGGCCGCCGUCAGUCACGCCCUGCGCCGCUGCCAGCGCCUCCUGGUGGUGGACUGGCGAGACAUGGCCCUUUGCGACUGGCCUAUGACGGCGAGCGCCGCCUGCCCGCGCGGGGCUCAGGCUGUCUGCGUGUCGAUCUCCUGCCAGGGCUGCGAGGUCACGAACCUGCAUGACCGGCGCGGGACGCUGGCGCCGCCCACACCCACCACCGAGCCUGCGAUGUCGUGGGCGGGCGCCGGUCGGAUCCGCACGCCGCUGAUGCUGGAGACGCCGUCGCCGGACGCGGCCUGGGGCGCCGGCGAAGUGUUGGCGCUGCUCUGGCAGCUGGUGCUGCCGCUGGGCCGUCAGCUGGCGCCGCAGCUGGCGCUGCUGGUAGCGCCGCGUGUGCCGCCCGAGCUGUGCGCCCACGUGACGCACCAGCUGACGGCGCUGGCCGGCGGCCGCCUGAGGCAGCACUGGUCCGCCCUGCCUCGCAUCAAGAAGGUUCCUGAUGCGAUGCCGGAAGGAUCGAAGUCGGAGUCGACUGCUGCGAUGCCUUGCUGA